AUGGACGCCAUGGACAGCAAGAGCAAGGGGACCAACAAGAAGAGCAAGAGCCUGCUUGGCAAGUACGAGCUGGGUAGCUUGCUGGGACGAGGGACGUUCGCCAAGGUCUACCUCGCGCGGCCGGUCGCCGGCGGCGAGGCCGUGGCGGUGAAGGUUCUCGACAAGGCCGAGGUCAUGGGCACGGCGGGCAUGGCGCCGCGCGUGCUCCGGGAGGUGACGGCCAUGCGCCGGCUGCGCCACCCCAACGUGCUCCGCCUCCACGAGGUGCUUGCCACGCGCGCCAAGAUCUACCUCGUCAUGGAGCUCGCGACGGGCGGGGACCUGCUGUCCAGGCUCGCCGCGCUCCCGCGGCACCGCCUCCCGGGGCACACUGCGCGCCGCAUCUUCGUGCAGCUCAUCGCCGCGCUCUCCUACUGCCACGCUCGCGGCGUCGCGCACCGCGACGUCAAGCCUCAGAACGUCCUCCUCGACGGCAACGGCAACCUCAAGGUCUCCGACUUCGGCCUCUCUGCGCUCCCGGACUCGCUCCGCGACGACGGCCGCCUCGACACGGCCUGCGGCACCCCGGCCUACGCGGCGCCAGAAGUGCUCCGCCGCAAGGCCUACGACGGGGCCAAGGCCGACGCGUGGUCCUGCGGCGUCAUCCUCUUCGUCCUCCUCGCCGGACACCUCCCCUUCGACGACUCCAACAUCACCGACAUGUGCCGGAAGGCGCAUCGCCGGGAGUUCGAGUUCCCGGAGUGGGUGUCGCAGCCGGCGCGCCGGCUGGUGAGCCGCCUGCUCGAUCCAAACCCGGCCACCCGCGUUGCCCUCGCGACGCUGACUACGCAGCCGUGGUUUAAGCGCUCCCUCAGCCUCGACUCGCAGCUCGGUGGGCUGCUCAACGGCCAGCAGGAGAGCGCGCUAGCGUUCCAGGCGCCGGCCAUGAACGCCUUCGACAUCAUCUCCAUGUCGUCUGGGCUCGAUCUGUCCGGCUUGUUCGACCAGCGGAACCGAGAGAUUAGGUUCAUGACAGCGGCAUCACCGGAGCGUACCCUGGAGGAGCUCGGCCGCGCCGGCGGGAAGCUCGGGUAUGUAAUGGUAGGUAAGAACGGAGUGGAGUGCCUGACGCUGGGGGGCCUGCCAGGGCUGGCGGCGAUGACGGUUGAGAUGUCAGAGCUGGCACCACCACUGAUGCUCGUCGAGCUGCGGCUUGAGGUGGCCGACGGAGACGGCGACGGCGAGGGACAAGGGUUCGGUUGGGAAGAGCUGAGACAUGAGCUAGGAGAUGUAGUUAGGACUUGGCAUAGCUGCCAAGAUUUCUGA